GAGCUGCAGCAGGUUAAUGAUUGCGUGGACAGCUCUGCUGUCCAGCAGCCUGGUAGCUGGACGUGGAGUGGACAGCAAUGACGGGACGUCGCGUGUGUGUCGCCGACUUCGAGGACGAAGCCAGGAAAGUUCUUCCCAAAUCUGUGUACGACUACUACCGCUCCGGAGCUGAUGGCCAGAACACCCUGGCUGAUAACGUGGCUGCCUUUGACAGGUGGUAUGUUCUCCCUCGGGUGCUGAGGGACGUGUCCACGGUGGAUCUGUCCGUGAGCGUGCUGGGACACACACUCAGCAUGCCUGUGUGUGCUGCAGCCACAGCCAUGCAGAGGAUGGCUCACCCUGCAGGAGAGACCGCCACGGCCAGAGCAUGCAGAGCGGUGGGAACAGGGAUGAUGCUGAGCUCCUGGGCCACCUCCACCAUAGAGGAAGUGAUGUCUGCUAUGACGGCCUCCCCGGGAGACGGGGGCGUCCUGUGGCUGCAGCUUUACAUCUACAAAGACAGAGCGCUCACGCUGUCACUGGUGCACCGAGCAGAGAAGAUGGGAUAUCGGGCCAUUUUCGUUACCGUGGAUACACCGUAUUUGGGGAAAAGGUUGGCUGAUGUGCGCAACCGCUUUAAAAUGCCCCCACACCUGAGCAUGUCCAACUUCACCUCAGCCUCCUUGGCCUUUUCUGAGGACAACUAUGGGAAUGACAGCGGUUUGGCUGUUUAUGUUGCAAAUGCGAUCGACCCCGCCCUCAGCUGGGACGACAUCACAUGGCUUAAGAAGCACACGCACCUACCUGUCAUUGUGAAAGGAGUACUGAAUGGCGAAGACGCUGUGCAGGCUGUGGAACAUGGUGCGUCUGGCAUCCUGGUAUCCAAUCAUGGCGCUCGACAGCUCGAUGGCGUUCCUGCGACGCUGGAAGUGUUGGAGGAAGUGGUGGAGGCCGUGCGGGGUCGCUGUGACGUCUACAUGGAUGGAGGAGUGAGGCGUGGCACUGAUGUCCUGAAGGCCUUGGCUCUGGGAGCCAAAGCUGUGUUCGUUGGCCGACCAGUGCUUUGGGGCCUCGCGUGUCAGGGAGAGGAAGGCGUUACUGAAGUCCUGGAGCUGCUGAAAGAGGAGCUGCGACUGGCUCUGGCCCUGUCAGGCUGCCGCUCCGUGUCAGAGGUGACCCGGUCCCUGGUCCGGAGGGUGGACUUCACCUCCAGGAUGUGACGGAAGAAUCUGCGACAGGAACACAGAGCAACACAUACUUGAUGGGUCAAAGAACUUGUUUUCAAAUCUCAGAGAAGAAUUGUUUGUUAAAAAAGUAAUCGACAGAAUUCGGUGAAAACUACAACUCAUAGCUGUUUUUUCUUCACCAGCAAGCACAAGGGGGUUGUGGGUAACAGAUAAUCAAUGUUACGUAGAUGUGUGGUCAUUAUGCACCAUGACUGGGACUUAGUAAAUUAAGUAUUGAUUAGGAAUAAUAAUUAUUAUUUCAUAUGAACAUUAAAAACCAGCCGUUUUAACAUCCCACAACAUGGUCAGAUUUUUGGACAAAUGAUGAUUUAAACGGCGGAACUUCAGCCCAUCUCUUGGCCAGAAUCCCUUUCAGGUGAGCGUGAGUUUGAACACUUCUCAAAAUCACUUGUUGUCCUCAGAGGUGGACAGAGUACUCGACCCCAGUACUUGAGUAAGAGUACAAAUACUACUGGUCAAAAUUUACUCCGUUACAAGUAAAAGUAGCUCAGUCAAAAUAUUACUCGAGUAAGAAUAGAAAAGUACUUGCUUUUAAAGGUACUUAAGUAUCCAAAAGUAAAUGCUUUUAAAUUUACUUUAAAGGAGCUGUAUGUAAGAGCAAUAAUAAAACGAAUCAUAAAAUGACCCUGAUAUGUCAACAGACAUUUAAAAAUCAUGUUCAUUUCAAAUACUUAUGUCACCGACAACAGCACUCAAGCCAGGAUAUUCCAGUUUAAAAAGAGGAGUUGCAGCCCUCAACUGAUGUUUAUGUUGUCAUUUUUUGUUUUGGCCUGAAGCUCCACCCUCCACCUAUCUCCCAAUCACCAAGUCAGUAUUGUUUCUGAAGCUCCACCCUCCACCUAUCUCCCAAUCACCAAGUCAGUAUUGUUUCUGAAGCUCCACCCUCCACCUAUCUCCCAAUCACCAAGUCAGUAUUGUUUCUGAAGCUCCACCCUCCACCUAUCUCCCAAUCACCAAGUCAGUAUUGUUUCUGAAGCUCCACCCUCCACCUAUCUCCCAAUCACCAAGUCAGUAUUGUUUCGGCAUCCGGGUUGCCAGCUGGGCUCUAAUUAUCGCAGCCAUGGCAGCCUACGUUCCUGCUGCAUUCUGCAGCCUACCUGGCAACCUCUGGUCGGGGGGAGGAGGGGGAGGGUACACGCCGCUCAACAAUAUUUUGAAAGUGACUGCAGUACCAGUUUUGGCCAUUUCUUACAGACGGCUCCUUUAA